AUGUCUUCAAACAAGGACCAUACCUCGACUCCUCAGUCCUACUUGGACCAAGCCACAGGCGCUGUCCAGAGCGCCAUCGGCUCUCUGACGGGUAACACCGCCGACAAGGCUCAAGGCGAGAACCGCAAAGACACUGCGGCCGCCGAACAUGAUCUCUCUCACUCAGCCGCCAAAGCCGGUCCCUUCUCCGUAACUCCCUCAGGCGGCGUCGCAAAGGACAACUCGGAUCGCACCGAAGGCUCAUGGAACCAAAACAUGGGCGCCGCCAAAGAAGCGCUCGGCGGUCUUGUCGGUGCCGAGGGCCUCAAGCAGCAGGGUAUUCAGCAGAACAAGGAGGGCAAGGAGCAAGAAGCUGCUGGACAGGUCAACGACCUCGGCAAGGGCAUCGGAGAUAGGCUUGGUGGUACGGUUGGUGGUGCUGUUGCAGGUUUGACCGGCAAUGCAGCGCAAAAGGAAGAGGCGCAACGGCAGCACGAUGAGGGAAAGGCGAGGCAGAGGGGUGUCGAAGCAGACUUGCAAAAGCAGGCUGAGGCCGAGAGGCGUUAA